AUGGAACAACUAAGUCCGAGCAGUUCCAGCUCCCCAAACCGCAGCCAAGCCCAGAAGCGCCGCCCCAGAAAACCCUUGAACUGCGAUCCCUGCAGACACUCCAAGCUCAAAUGCGACCGGGGAUUACCGUGCGCUACAUGCCUCAAACGAGGCUGGCAGGACUCUUGUGCUUAUGGAUCAAACUUUACUGGACCGCAGAAGCGAAGAAGGACUAGACUUGAGGUUGCUGAGCCAGUGCCUCAGCAGCAGAUACAGGUUCAAUCCGUGGAGGUAACGGAGACAGUGUCAUCUCCGAGCUCGACGCCUGAGCCGAUACAGCAGCGUUGGGAUCAUAUUCUGCGUCGGCCAUCUGUCGAGAGGAGUGUUAUACCGGACUCACCGAAUCCAACUGUUACGUUGUCUUUCGGGCCUUGCGUUCCAAUCACUGAAUUGCUUGCGCUUUUACCUCCGACGUCUGUGACGGAGUAUUUGGUUUGCCGCUAUUUCGGAACACUCUCGUCACUGUUCCAUAUUCUCCAUGGUCCAACAUUCCAGACCCAAUAUUUGGACUUCCUAGGAGCCCCCGAGAAGACAAGUUUAUCGUGGUUGGCUGUUCUCUUCGCCAUAAUCUCGUUGACUCUCAAAACAAUUGAGCCAACAGACGCCGGGCUUGUUGUGCUAUGGCAAGACACCACCAUCCCACGAGAUUUAUCGGUAUUGUCGCAGAAGUAUCGAAAUGCAGCUAUGACGGCCCUUUCACAAGAUCAAUUCCUAGUUCGCCAUGAUCUGAGCACUCUCGAAGCUCUUCUUAUCCUGGUUCAUAUGAUAUCUCAUAACGAAGGACCUGAGUACGGCUGGGCACUUCUCGGCAGUGCACUCAACAUCGCCAUCGCUCUGCGCUGCCACACGGACAUCGAAGGACCGAAUUAUAUUGAGCAAGAGCGCCGGCGCCGUUGCUGGGCAGGCAUCUUGAUCAUCCAUACUUACCAAGCUCUCUGCUUCAGAGACAUCGACCUCACGUUCCUGUUGAACAUGAAAGCGACAAUGCCGGCGUGGGUAAACGACAAAGAUAUCCAGGAACACAGUAUAAAGCAAUCGCCUAAGGAUUCGCCCUGCGAGUUUACCGAUACAUCACUCCUGAAGUUCCAAGUUCGGCUAUUCCAGCUUUCGACGCAAAUUUGCUCUCAUAUUUCUGGCGAUGACAAACUGAACAUGACAAUACUGCAUCAGUACGACACGGCUGUAGCAAAAGAGCAAUUACAAUGGGAUGCCGCAUAUCUCGUAAACGGUCGUCGGAGUAUUCUCAACACAGCGGGCUAUGCUCAUUGGUGUAUGCUCCAAACCUACGCGCAUCAACUCUACCUUCUUCUUCAUCGACCUUUUCACAGCUCCAAGGCAAGCCAUUUCCGCGCUGAAUCGCGGGACAAGUGCAUCAAGUCAGGUCUUGCCUUGCUUGAUGUUCAUCACCAAUUCUACGAACUGCCUCGAUUAAAAUGCUAUCGCUGGCUUGUUAAGGGCGCUAUUAGCUGCAAUGCACUUCAUGGAGCUGUGGCGUUGACUUCAUGUAUGCUUGAUAUGCCUGAUACCUCUGAUUUGACGGAGCAUAUAUCUGCCGUUGAUGCUGCUAUAACGAGAAUGGAGGCGCUUAAGAUGAAGAGUCCAGCUUGUUCGAGUGUUUAUCGUGUUAUUCGUUGUCUUCGAUCUUAUCUUUCGAAACGAGAUCCUGCACCGACCUUGCCUGAAGACGUCGAGCUUAGGUUCGAAGACUGGGCGACCAAUGUCGACUGGUUUAGGCCCGAUGGAAUUGACUGGACUGAUGAUGCUACGACGAUGAUGACUUGA